AUGCUGCAUCAGUGGUGCAGCUCCACUGAGUCGCGGAGGAUAAAUAAAGAGACCGACCAAACACAAUAUCAACAUUAUUUCAGCACCGUGGCUCAAUGUCCAACACCCUUCCACCUCCUACGCACAUCCGACGCAUUCGUUAAAAAAGACAAGGAAAGCAUCGAACAUGGUGUAAUGGCAAUACAAAAUGGGGGCGACAUUUUUGGAGUAUCAAGCAUGGCUAGUGUUACAUCGAACAACGGGAAGAUGUCAUCAGUGGGCGGCGUCAAAUUUUAUACUCCACCGGGAGCGAGUAUUAACAAAAAUGGGGACACCAUGACAUUCAAAUAUCCAAUAGACGGAAACAGAGGCAUCGCGACUGGCUUCGUGCAGAUGAGGCCCGGAACUGUCAUCGCCUCGUCGUCUACUUACAACACAGGAAUGCCGGAACGAAUCGAUUGGGGACUAAAAAAUCCAGCGUACGAUAUAAUGAGGAACUGGCCUACGUUAAACGACUUCGUCUUCCAACCGCAAAUCGACAUCUUCGAACAACCGACUUACAUAGACCCGUGGUUCACUAAACACGCUAUAGAUAGUUACGCACCGCCGAAACCAGAUCUGAGAAAUGGCUUUCCUUAUCCUAACAUCGAUCCGUUUCUAAACUUGUGGCGA